CUUUAAUAAAAAUGAAUAUUCUUCCAAAAAAACGUUGGCAUGUAAGAACUAAAGAAAAUAUAGCUAGAGUUAGAAGAGAUGAAGCUGAAGCUGCAGAAAAAGAACGUCAGGAAUUACUAAGAAUUGAAGCUGCCAAUAGGGAAGCUCGGCUUAAUGUAUUAAAACAAAAAAGAAAAAAAGAAUUGGCUGAAAAGGAUGUGCACGUACCUGACAAAAAUGAUACACCCAUUGAACAUAUUAAUCUAUUUUCUGAUUUGGAACAUGCGGUUAAAACGACAAACAAAGAUCACGAUAGUGAAAUAAAAGAAAAGAAAGAAGAUUAUGAGAAAAAGAUUGGAUAUUUGACAUAUUUAGGUCAAGAUACAAAUGAAGCAUUGGGAAAGAAAAAUUGGUAUGAACUACCUCCUGAAACAUCAAGAUUUUGUCGCCCUGAUACAGUAAAAGAUACGUAUGAUAAACUUGUUCUCAAAGAUGAGGAGGGCAAGCCAAAAAAAGUCAAGUUGGAUGAGAAAGAUGGAGAAAUUGGCUGGAGGUCAAAACAAAGGCUCGACCCUAUUCACAUGUUUAAAAAGAAAGAUGGCUGUAGUUCUAAAUCACUGAAAGACAAAUCUAAACAUCAUAUCACAAAAGAAAAACUUUUAGAAAAAGGAAAUUUUAAAAGUCACAAACAUACCAAUAAUAAUGCAAUAAGUAAAUUAGAGAAACUAAGAGAAGCGCGUCUAAAGAGAGAAAUGGAAGAAAAAUAUAGAACAGAAAUGUUUCUUAAGAAUUUAGGUGGUGGAGAUGCAAAUAAAGAAAAGGAGAAACCUAAACAAUUAGUACCAAAAUAUAACUCACAGUUCAACCCAGAAUUUGCAAGACAAAACUUUAGAUAAAUGAUGAUGGGCAAAAAUGUAUGGGUUCUGGUAUAGGGCUCAACAAGAAUUGUUUAUUUUUUGGCAGGUAUACCCACAAAUUAUAAUUUAUCGCUGUUUCGUCUGUUUCCAAUUGUUUUUCUUUUAGUAGAGACAGCGAAUGUAAACGGAUUAAUAGUUCGUUUCAAGUAUUUAGAAGUGAUUAUGUGUACAAACAGAAAUGGAAGCUAAGUGACUUAUUUUUAUCAGGUGUUGUAAACCUUUGGCUAUUUUGAUUAAUUUAUUUUCAUUUUAUUGUAGAACGGGAUAUUACAUGCGAGUCAUGUAUAAGGCCAAAAAAUAUAUCUACUUUUUAUAGCAUUUUAUA